AUGGGCUGCACCGGCAGCGCCCUGCGCUGCUGCCCCGUCGGUGCCGAGAGACAGCUAAAAGCCCAGCAGCAGAGGGGAUCGGCUUCCCAGGAGCUCUCAGCCUUGAAGACACAGAAUGCCAAGGCCUGCCUGCUUCCUGAGCACGGCGAGAAGGCAGCGCGGCCUGAGGAGUGGGCGGAGAGCACGAGAUUCCUCCGAGGCCAGGAGGAGGAGGAGGAGCAGCAGGAUGCCGGCCAGGCAGGCACUGCCAGCAUCUCCCAGGACAUCGAGAUCCAGGUGGAAAAGAGAAAAGAGUGGGAGCUGAAGGAACAGCUUGAUGCCCUGAGGAGAGAGCACACAGAAACCCUGCAAGAGAUCCAGGGAGCACACGAGCAGGAGAAGCUGCUGCUGACAGAGUCCCACCACAGGUCUGAGGCAGCCUUACAGGAGAAAAUUCAGGCACUGAAUUCCCAGCUGAAAUCCUUCCAGGACAGGAUGAAGCGGAUGGAGGAGUCACUCCUGAGAACAGACUACAGGAAGCACAUCCAGGAGCACGGGAGCCCCAGCCCGUUCUGGGAGCAGGAGCUGGAGAGCCUGCACUUCGUCAUCGAGAUGAAGAACGAGCACAUCCACGGCCUGGACAAGAAGCUGCUGCACCUGGAGACCGUGGAGGAGAGGAACCUUCAGCUGGAGGAGAAGGUGAAAACUCUCCAGCAGGAGAACGAGGACCUGCAAGUUCGCACCCAGAACCACUUGGUCAUGGCGAGCUCUCCGACGAGCUCCAGGCGGCCCGCGGGGCUCUGGAGAAGGAGGCGCAGCUGCUGGACCAGGCUCGCCGGGAGAAGGAGGAGCUGCUGUACCGAGUGCUGCACGCCGGGGACGGCGCCGCCUUCCCCAUGGCCACCGGCGAGGUGCCCCUCAUCGCCACGUAGCACCGGCGGCACCGGGGACUGCGGGGCUGCCCUGCGAGCCCGGGCUGCUCUCACCGGGGCUGCUCUCACCGGGGCUGCUCUCACCGGGGCUGCUCUCACCGGGGCUGCUCUCACCGGGGCUGCUCUCACCAGUGCCCCCAGUCGGGGCAGGGCUCUGGGCUGGCCGAGCCCUCGGGGCGCCUCACGGACCACAGUGAUGGAGCCUUUCAUGGCAGUGAUGGAGCAUUUCACAGCAGUGAUGGAGCCUUUCACGGCAGUGAUGGAGCAUUUCACGGCAGUGAUGGAGCAUUUCACGGCAGUGAUGGAGCACUUCACGGCAGUGAUGGAGCAUUUCACAGCAGUGAUGGAGCAUUUCACAGCAGUGAUGGAGCCUUUCACGGCAGUGAUGGAACAUUUCACAGCAGUGAUGGAGCAUUUCACGGCAGUGAUGGAGCAUUUCACAGCAGUGAUGGAGCACUUCACGGGACAUUUACUCCUGCAUUUCCCCAGCCCGUGUGGGGCUGCAGAGGGACCCUGGCCUCCCACCCACGCAGUCCGUGCACCCUUUGCUCUGGUGCUGUAA